GUCAUUACUACGCCUCUUAAGCUUCCUGUCCAUGUGUAUGGCGCGUUUACAGAAAUUCGAGGAAAAGGAAAAAACAUCAGUCAUAUAUUAAACGCCACAUUAUGACAUGCAUGUAAAAAUUUGUUUAUGAUGAGUCAUUCUAAGAAAGUUUCGGCAUUUUCAGUCUUCAAAGGCAAAAAGGACAGAGACAGUAUUUCAAGUCUGGAUAGCAGGGCAAGCAUCCGCAAAGCUUCAAGUUCUCAGUCUAUCAGAGAUGAUGUUAAAAAGGCUCUGGAUGGAAAGGGGAAAAAGCUAAUGAAGGUUCUGAAAGGAGGGAGUUUGAGAUCCAGUCUGAGGAGCACACCAAAAGUACGACCUACAAUGUUAUCCGCAUCUCAAAAGGAAGAUCCUGUACGCUUGACAAGUGUGAAAUCAACAACAGACUUAGAAGAACAAGAUGCUGCACAAGCAGCAGGCAAAGGGAAGCCCUUGUCCACACCAGUGAUUCCCAAGCAAAUCUCUGCUGUACGCCCGACCAGAAACCAGAACAUUCCGCCUUCAGGUAAAAUCUUGCCAAACCCCCCUCCUUCAGACAAACAGUCCCCAGGAAAGCGAUCAAACAGAUCUUCCAUUGAGACAGCCACCCCACUGGCGGAAGCUGGUAACAAACCGUUCUCCAUUCUGAAGCCAGCAAAAAGCAAGAAGACACCCAGCCCUAAAGUCAAUUCCAGUCCUAAGGCAGCGAGUGUGGAGGACAGGCAGACCGGGAAGAGCAAACGGUCAGAGGAUGAGGCAGACAGCAAGCAUGUCAAAAAGAAACGAAGGGACAACAAUGAUGUACAGACGCAAGACUGCAGCACUGAGGAAAUGGAACAUGUUCUGUCCUUUGAUGAUGAGUCAACAUCAAGUUCCCAACUACCCUACAUGUUCAACAGUGGAGAAGAAGCCAGAAAAAUAUUUGAAUGUCUCAUUCACCCAGUAAAACCUGACAAAUUCUUCAAGGAAUUAUGGGAAAGAAAGCCUUUGUUGGUUCAGAGACACAUGACUCAGUAUAAUGAUGGCUGGUUCAGCACAGCCGAGCUAGACAGAAUCCUACGAAAUGAAAAUGUACAAUUUACAACCAAUUUAGAUGUGACAACAUUUACAAAUGGACAGAGAGAAACUCAUAAUCCUGUGGGCAGGGCCUAUCCCUCAGUUGUGUGGGAUUUCUAUCAGAAUGGCUGCUCUGUGAGGCUUUUAAAUCCUCAGACAUACUCUAGGAAUGUAUGGAAGCUCCUCUCUGUACUACAGGAGUACUUUAACUGUUGUGUGGGAGCUAACGUAUAUUUAACCCCUCCGGGUACACAGGGCUUUGCCCCGCAUUAUGAUGAUAUUGAGGCUUUUAUUCUACAGUUGGAGGGUAGGAAGCACUGGAGAUUGUACAGUCCUAGAACGGAUGGUGAAGUUCUUCCUAGAUUUUCAAGUGGAAAUUUUACAGAGAAAGAUUUAGGAAAACCCAUAUUGGACACUGUCCUUGAACCUGGAGAUUUGUUGUAUUUCCCAAGAGGCACAAUCCAUCAGGGUAACUGUAUGGAAGACACUCACUCCCUCCACAUCACUGUAUCCUGUUACCAGAAGAAUUCCUGGGGAGAUCUGUUUGAAAAGAUGGUUCCUAGAGCCCUGCAGAUUGCUAUUGAUGAAGACGUUGAGUUCAGAAGAGGUCUUCCUAGAGAGUAUUCAUCCUACAUGGGGAUAGCUCACUCAGACAUGGAUGGGCCACCCAGAAACAUGUUUUUGAAAAAAGUGGAGCAGCUGAUGGUUCGAAUGAUCCAACAUUUACCCGUGGAUAUGGCUUGUGACCAGAUGGCCAAGUCAUUCAUCCAUGACAGUAUGCCUCCUGUUCUCUCUGAAGCUGAGAAAGCUUUCAGUGUUCAUGGUAGUGGUGAGCACUGGGACAAGGAGAGGAUGUGUGUAGUGGGAACAGCUGAAAUAGAACCAGACACCACCAUUAAAAUCAUCCGUAAAGGCAUCCUCAGGCUGCUGACGGAGGAAGAUGAGGUACGGAUAUACUACUCUCUGGAAAACACCCGACUGUAUCAUGAAGUGGAACCCACCUUUAUUCAGAUCUCUGCAGAGGUUGGUCCUGCCGUGGAAUUUUUGAUUCAUUCGUACCCAAAGUAUGUAACCGUGGAAAGCUUGCCGUUACCCUCCAUUGACCAGAGAAUUGAUGUAGCCAGCAUGUUGUAUGAGAAGGGACUACUAAUCACUGGGGAGCCCAUGCUUGUCCUGGAUCAAGACUCCAAUUGACCUUGAUGAACUCUCUCUCAAUCCACAACAAAGCUGCACUUAAUGUGUCAUUAUAGAAUUCAAUAGCUGCUUUUAUUGGUCAUAACAUUGUGCAUUUAUAUUGACAUGUCAGUCAUGAAACGCUUCAAUAUGUGUUAUAUUGUUUAUGGAUCAGACACACAAUACAAUGUACCUGUAAUGACUUUUUAACUGGAAUUUUUUAGUCAGAAAAAAUUGUGAUAUUGUAUAAUAUUCGCUACAAAAUGUAUAUCAUACAUAAACUGUUGUAGCUAUAUCUGUAUCUGAAAAGUUGAUCUGCCCUUUAGAAAAAGAGAAAAAAAUUACUUUGUAGGUUGCCUGGUAACUUGUUACAAUUUCUGACAGUAUUAACUAAGCCAUUUACUGUGCAUAUUCUGACAACGAAACACCAGGAAAAUCAAAAAUGUUCUUAAACAUCUGCUAAUGCAUGUAUAAAAACAUUCACCUAAUCUUGUAUUUAUUUUAUUUCUGACAGAGCAGAGAGCUCAUAAUUAUUCUGUUUAUUUAUGUUUUUAUACAAGGUCUUUUGACCUGUGCCACAUUUUACAAAGAUUAUGGUGUAAAGAGAAAAAUAGUUCACUUGUUGUUGUUAUACAUGUAUAUGAUCUUUUGUAAUUAGAUUUAGAUUUCAGAAGAGCAAAGAAAACAUCAAGUAAUAUAUGCCCAUUUACUUUAUCGUGCGAGGUUUGGUUCCGUGGUGGAAAUGACUCCACCAAUAGUUUAGAUGUUUAGCAUGCUUAAUGCUAUUAUAUGAGAUAAUGAAUGCAGUAUUGAUUAGUAAUAAUAAAUUGUUGCUUUGAUGAUUAUCAAGCAUGAAAUUUUGAAAGGAAGAAAUAAAUUGUAAGUACAUUGUCCCUUGUGAUUUGUGUGUGUGUGUGUGAUUUUUUUAUUUAAUUGAUUAGUUGUUCAACUUUACAGAAAGAUUUCUUUAAUUAAACUGAUGGUAAAAAUAAA